AAAGAAGAAACUUGUGAAAUUACCUGUCCAAGAGGACCACCUGGAUUUAAUGGAACUGAUGGCCGCCCUGGCAUUCCCGGAAACCCUGGACCUCGUGGCCUAACAGGUGCUCAAGGAGAACCUGGAAGACCAGGAAAUCCUGGCCGUGUUGGAGAACGAGGACUUGCGGGUCAAACAGGACCAGAGGGACCCAGAGGAAGUCCUGGGACUGAUGGACGUCAAGGGGACAGGGGACCCCCUGGCACACCAGGUACGUCAGGCAAUCCAGGUAUUCCAGGACCCUCAGGACCCAAGGGUGAACCUGGUGAUGUUGGACCACGAGGCCCACCAGGACCUGCCGGGUCUGCUAGUGCUACUGUAAAGGGUGAACCUGGAAGUCCUGGUCAACCAGGUGCUAGAGGCAUACAAGGACCACCUGGAAGUGUGGGACCCCAAGGACUUCCUGGUACUGCAGGAAGACAAGGAGACAGGGGUGAGAAAGGUGCGUCUGGUUCACCUGGUCCUAGAGGAAAUACGGGCCCUGAAGGAAAAACUGGACCUAUAGGCCCAGCUGGACCUCCUGGACCACCAGGUCCUCCUGGUGCCCCAGGACGAACAGAAAUUGAUGAUAAUCGAAUAAGUCAAGUUAUACCUGGACCACAAGGGCCAGUGGGGCCACCUGGUAUACCUGGUCCAGAAGGUCCAAAGGGUUCAAAGGGAGAAUCAGGUGAAAAGGGUACACCUGGAAAUAAGGGAGACCGUGGUGAACAAGGAAACCCUGGGAACCCAGGAAAGGAUGGCAUACCGGGUCAAGAUGGAAAGGAAGGCAGACGUGGGACACCUGGAGCUAAAGGAGAAACAGGUCUUCAAGGCGUGGUUGGACCAGCUGGGCCUAUGGGAAAUCCAGGAAUACAAGGUAUACGGGGACAGACAGGCGAAUCAGGGCAAAAAGGUGACAGAGGAGAUCCGGGUCCUCCAGGUCCCCCAGGGGCCCCCGCAGUUGUCACACACGGAGUUGAUGGGGGUACACCUGGUCCCCAAGGCCUUCCAGGUCCCAAAGGCUCCGCGGGAUAUCCAGGAACACCUGGCUUGCAGGGAGAACGUGGGCCUCCAGGAAAUCCGGGUCCACAAGGUUACCCAGGGCAGUUCGGAGCGGCUGGGGUACCCGGUGCGAAGGGAGACAGGGGUGACCCAGGGGCUCGUGGUCAGAUUGGUCCAGAG